GAAACCCGCAUAACCUAAAAGUAUUAAUUAUUCUGGAAUUUGCCAAUUAGUUAAUAACAUGUUUAAGAAAUUUGAUGAAAAGGAAAGUGUGUCAGGUGUUCAACAAUUGAAAUCCUCUGUUCAAAAGGGAAUACGAGCAAAAUUGCUCGAAACUUAUCCACAUAUAGAAUCACAUGUCGAUGCAAUUUUACCGAAAAAGGACACUUUUAGAAUUGUAAAAUGCCACGAUCAUAUCGAGAUAAUGGUAAAUGGACAGGGAGAACUAUUGUUCUUUCGCCACCGUGAAGGUUCUUGGAUGCCGACUUUGAAAUUGUUACAUAAAUACCCAUUUUUCUUGCCUAUGCAGCAAGUUGAUAAAGGAGCUAUCAGAUUUGUUCUAUCAGGUGCAAAUAUCAUGUGCCCCGGUUUAACUUCUCCUGGAGCCUGCAUGACUCCAGCCGAGAAAGGAACAGUUGUUGCCAUAAUGGCAGAAGGAAAACAACAUGCUUUAGCUAUUGGUAUUACUUCUCUUUCUACAGCCGAUAUUGCCAAAGUGAAUAAAGGCAUCGGCGUGGAAAAUUGUCAUUACCUAAAUGAUGGACUUUGGCAUAUGAAAGCUGUUAAGUAGAUGUUCUUUGUAUUUUUAUAAAUGUUCAU